AUGUGUGGGCAGGUGUCUAAGGCCGUUGUUCUACAGAAAUCUAUAGAUUAUCUUCAAUAUCUCUCCCAACAGAAGAAAAAGCAAGAAGCAGAUUUAGCAACUUUAAAAAAGGAGGUAGUUGCUUUGCAGAUAAUGCGCGCUAACUAUGACCAGCUGGUCAAGGCGCACCAGCGCGCACCCCAUAUACCAGAAGAUAUUGUAUCAGACGAAGCUAAAUUCCAGGUGUCGAUGAACAACUUCGCUGAGUUGUCCGGGUGCGUGUUCUCCUGGAUAGAGGAGCAGUGUAAGCCAGUGGAUCUCCAGGAGAUGAUGGGAACCAUCCUCCGGCAGGUUCAAAACUUUGAGGAUGAGGAUCAGCAUCCAGAUCCCGCCUAUCAGAAUAUCAGACUCAACCACCCCUAG